AUGGGUCAUGUCGGAGAAUUCUUCUUGACGACCAUUAAUGAUUUCUUCUUCUUCUUCUUCUCCUUUAUCCUCUUCGUUCUUGCCUUCGUCUUGUGCUGCUGUUGGGGUCAUAUUACUGUUUUGGAGCGAACCCAAGCCUCUGCUGCUUCUGCUUCUUGCCCCUCUUGCUCUGAUUCUGGGUUUAGGUACGAUGUGUUCAUCAGUUUCCGAGGACCCGACACUCGCAACGGUUUCACCAGCCACCUUUUCUACACCCUGCGUAGAGCAAAGAUCAGAACUUUCAUGGACCACGAGCUGGAGAAGGGCGAGGACAUUGCAGGAGGGCUGUUCGACGCGAUCGAGGGGGCCAAGAUCCUUGUGGUGGUUUUCUCAGAAAACUACGCAUCCUCGACGUGGUGUCUUGAUGAGCUGGCAAAGAUUAUGGAAUGCAGGAGGAGGGGAAGAGGCCACAGGGUGUUACCUGUCUUCUACGGCGUCAAGCCCGUGGAGGUCAGGAGGCAAACGGGAAGGUACGAGGCUGCUUUGGUAAUGCAUCAGAACGGUUCGCAAGAGAAAGGAAUCGCUGAGAAGGUUAAGAGGUGGAGAGACGCGCUUACCGAAGCGGCAAGCCUCUUCGGAUAUGAUUCUGAUGUGGUCAGGUGA